AUGCUGCAGUGCCGGCUGGCCCAGGAGUUCAGCUUCGGGCCCCGGGCCCUGAAGGAUGCCCUGGUGUCCGUGGACCCAGCCCUGCAGCGGCUCUAUGCGUCCACCUUCUCCCCGGCUGAGCGGCUCUUCCUGGCCGAGGCCUACAGCCCCCAGAGGAGCCUCUUCCGCACGCUGCUCAUCCACACGGCUUUCGACUGGCUGCUCAGCCGCCCUGAGGCUCCCGAGGACUUCGAGACCUUCCACGCGGCCCAGCUGGCCAGGAGGCAGGGCCGGGGCCGCAAGCACAUCUACCUGCAGCCGAUCGGUACGGGGUCGGGGCACGCGCCCUGCCUCCCAGAGGGCUGGGGGCGAACCCCACAGGGUGGCAUCCUAAACUUCCUGAGGGACAGCAAGCCGGGAGAUGCGCUGUGCGUGCUGGGCCUGACGCGGUGCGACCUCUACCCCCACGAGACCUGGGGCUUCACCUUCGGCUCGUACCUCCCCGGGCAGGAAGUGGGCGUCUGCAGCUUCGCCCGGUUCUCAGGGGAGCUGCUGCAGGGGGCGCCCAGUGCCUUGGACCUGGCACCAGCACGGACGGCGGCAGAUGACUCCACGACCACCCUGUGGGACAGAGGCCAGAGCUUGUGCUUCAGCGCCCUGGGCACGGUCCAGUGCUGCAAGGUCACGUGCCACGAGCUCUGCCACCUGCUGGGCCUGGGGAGCUGCCGCUGGCUGAGCUGCGUCAUGCAGGGGGUGCUCAGCCUGGACGAGGCCCUGCGGCGGCCUCUGGACCUCUGUCCCGUCUGCCUGCGGAAGCUGCAGCACAUCCUGGGCUUCAAGCUGGUGGACAGGUACAAGAGGCUCCACGCCUGGACACAAGCCGUGGCGGAGACGCUGCGGGGCCAGGAGGCAAGACAGCCGGCCGCGUCGGAGGACACGCCGCCAAGCAGCGCAGACUCGGGCUCGUGCUGUGAGAGCGACUCGGAGCCAGGCACCAGCCCCUCGGAGCCCCUGUCCCCCGACACCUGGACCCACGCCUUCGCGGCAGAGCUGGACCCCGGGGGUGGGCUGGGGUCCUUGGUGGCAUCGGAGGCCAUCACAGAGCAUGGACGGUGGCUGGCGAGGUGCAUCCGGGCCCUGGAGAGGGAGGUGACGGGGGAGGAGCUGGCCCGCGUGGACGGCGUGGUAGACGCGCAGGCCCGGUGGGAGAUGUUUGCGGGGCGCCUCGCGGUGCCCGGGCCGGGCCGGGCCCGAGGCAGGGAUGGCGGGGGGCUGCACAGGGCUCUGGGGGACAAGCUGUCCUCCCUGAGGAAGAGGCUGAGCGUGCGCAAACUGUCCCGGGCCGGCUCUUCUCCCUGUCACUUGAAGGCAGAGGACAGUUAGCUCAGAGCCACCACCUGCCCAAUGUCCAUCUUCCCCAGGACCCCACUGCCUGGCGCUGGCCACCCAGGGUGCCGCGGGUCCCAGGGAAGCCGAGGAAGGUCGUCGUCGGGCGGCCCACCUGCUCCCAGUGCCCAGCCUGGACUUAGCCGUGGUGGCGGGAGGCAGGGCGCGCUCUCUGCAGCCUCUGGCCUCUGAGCCCCUCCAGUGUUUACAGCUGGGGUGACGGGGCCUCCACUCACUGUGAACUCGGCUCCCAGCCUCACAGCUGGCUCCCCUGCCCCAAGGGAAGUGAAGCGGUUCACUUCUGCUGACAGCACCCCCCACCCGAGGGUGCUUCCUGCGGUGCCGAUGGCCUUCCGGUCCUCAGGACUGCACGGGGCAGCUCCGCGAACGUUCCGGUGGCUGCCACCCACCUCGGCGUGUGCCGAGGUCUGCUGUGUGUUUGGACGGUGCUGGGGGACAGGGGUGCGUGUGACGCAGGUGGGAAGCCGGGCAGGGCCCGCCUGCUGUCACUCGGUGGCGAAACAGGUGGCCGCUUUCUUGGGACAGUUCCUGACACAGGUGGCCUGGGGUCCGGACGGGGAGUGUCCCUCGAACCCUCUGUCUCCCGUUUUCUCGUCUAGUUCUGUCCCUCGAUCCUCGGCAGCUGGCUGAAGCCCGUCGUGAUCUCCAGCUGCGGCUGUGGAGUCGGCCGUUUUUCUCUGAUUUUGUUAGGUUUUGCUUUAAGCCUUUCGUGCGCGUACCCGGGUGCUGUUUUCCCGACGGUGCGACCCUGUUUCUACGGUAAACGCCCCAGUCUCUGCUCCGUGAGCGCCCCAGGCAGAGGGACUUCCGGUCCCGACGGCGGAAACGCCUGUGGCGUGAUGAGUCGGGUCACAGCUACCGUCCCCUCUGCAAGGGGGGCUCGUACGGUUUGCGGGGUAUACAGUCUUGCGGCCUUUUAAGAAAAACUACAGGAUAAAAUCUAGAAGAGGAGGGGCCCCCCACGCAGGCAGCCUGAAGCCGCCGGUGCCACCAGGGGGCCCUUCGGAAAGAGGCACAGGGUGCGUAGUGCUGGGCUUCGGGCGGCAGAGGUGCAGCUCCUCGGUGCCCAGGCCUCCUGCACGGCUCCACAGAGGCACCAGCGAGCCGGCAGACCCGCGAGAGUGUGACAUGGGGACGGGGAGGUCAGGGCCUGGGCCUCUAUCGCUGCGACAAACCACCCAA